AUGCUGCCGCUGAACAUGAACUGUGCAUCGAGGUGCGGUGCGGUGCGGUGCAGCAGCUACGGAUUCUCACCAGGGUUGACAGUCUUAUUGAAGCUGAGCAUGCCGUUCAUGCCGCCCUUCUCCUUAUCCAGCAUCUCCGCCACUGAGCGCGCGUGCUCCGUGGAUCCCCGCUCCGACGCGGCGGCAUUGUCUCCGCUUCCGCCAGCAGCCAGCUUGCGGGGUUGCGCCGCAUUGACGCCCGCUCCGCGCACGCCGCCAGCUGCCGCUGCGAGGAGCAGCAGCGCAAGGAGACCCGCCGCUGGCGCCGCAACUGGAGUGAAGCCCCGGCGCGACAUGACGGGCGCGCGGAACUCGUUCAACGAGGGCGGCGGAGAAGGGGCAGCGGAGGAGGGGCGGGGGGGGGCGGGAGGAGGGGACGGCGGGGAACGGGUGGCGGAGUCCAGAAUUCAGGUCCAGCAGCGGCAGCAGCAGCAGCGGCGGCAGCAGCAGCAGCCGCAGCAGCAGCAGCAGCCGCAGCAGCAGCGGCAGCAGCAGCAGCAGCAGCGGCAGCAGCAGCAGCAGCGGGCAGCAGCAGCAGCAGCAGCAGCAGCAGCGGCAGCAGCAGCAGCAGCGGCAGCAGCAGCAGCAGCAGCGGCGGGAGGAGGGGAGCGAGAGCGUGAGGAGUUGCUUGUGAUUCUCACCGUGGGUAGUACCACCAGAUGUGACAUGAUCGUGCGCGUAUACGCGCGCCGGUGGGAAGCGACAAAAGAGAUCUCCCCCCACCCUCCCGGGGCCAGAAGUUCCCCUUUCCUUCCGUCCUUCCCAGGUACUCCUCUCCUCCCCAUUCCCACCCACUCGCCCCCCUUCCAGUUUUCCUGA